UCCGUUCACGUAUCUGUCAUGGCUGCUUACUGCUAGCUGAGACUCUCUGCGGGGCACUGAAGAAAAUGAGCAGUUCAUUGAAGCAUCCAGGAAGCAAACUGGAUAUACUCAGGAAAGCUUCUCCAUAUAUAUGCUACUGUACAGUAGAGAAUGAGCAAUGGAUUGUACGUUUAACAGAUGGUACUAGUGUAUGGAAGAGCUCCGAUUCACUCAUAAAUGAUCUUAAAAUAACUAUGAAAGAAUUAAGAGACUAUCUACAAGAUGGUUCGAUUGUUAACGUCUCUGUGACCUCAUCCUCUUCACUAUUGCUUGUAUUGUCCUCCGGAGGUAGGAAAAUUGACAUUGAACUCAAUAAACUACCAGCGAAUGACAACAGGGAAGAACUAAAGAGUUUAGUAUUUAAACUGUUUGAUAGGAUCACAUUAUUAGAGGAAGAUCUCAAAGAUACAAAGAUACAGCUUGAGGAAGCAAAGAAAUCCACUCAUCGUGGUCUCUAUGUCCCGCCCUCCUCAACAGAUCUGGGCGGUAUAUCCUCUACCAGCAGUGGCAGAACAAAUAAACUGCUCAAACCAGCUGGACACAGUCUCAUUAAUCCUAGCACUAAGAAGAGGAAAGCAGCAAGUGGUGUUGUGUUUGGUGAUGAUGAUGACUAACUACUAAACUCUGCAUGUACAUGUACAUUUUCUCUUCAUUAAAAUUACAUUAUCUGUCACGUUUUAAAGUUAAACAAUAUGCAAUUUAUCAAU